AUGAACGCACAACUGUCGAUGGAUAUUGGCGACCUGCACGGAAUGAGCCAUGAGUCCGUGGGUCACGGAGAUCUGCUGAGUGGCCACAGUCCGCAUGCCCGUCCGAGCCCCCGGGGUCUAAGCCACCGCGCCAUGGGCAUGGCCACCCUGCUGGACGGCGGAGACUAUCACCCCGGUCACCACGGACACUUGCACCCAGCCAUCAGCAUGUGUGAAGCCCCCCCAGGCAUGAGUGCGAGCAGCACUUACACAACCCUAACUCCCCUGCAGUCCUUACCCCCAAUCUCCACCGUGUCCGACAAGUUUCCUCCCCAUCACCACCACCACCACCAUCCCCAUCAUCCUCACCAUCAUCCCCACCAGAGGAUCCCCGGAAAUGUCAGCGGAAGCUUCACGUUGAUGCGAGAGGACCGGAGUCUGGCGCCCAUGAACAGUCUGUAUCCCGCAUAUCAUCACAAAGAUCCCUGCAUGGGCCAGAGCCUCUCCCCGUUGUCUGGCUCCGGUCUGGCCAGCAUACACACAUCCCAAGCCGGCAUCCCCCCCUACGCUCAUCCCGGUGCCGCCAUGCCUGGUGAGAAGAUGCUCACUCCCAGCGGGUUUGAGGCUCACCACCCGGCUAUGCUCGGCAGACACACGGAGCAGCACAUGAGCUCCUCGGCGGGCAUGGUACAAAUCAACGGCCUCCACCACCACCACCACCCGCACGCCCACGUUGGUGCGCAGGGGCACGGCCAGGGGCUGGGGAACAGCCGGGAGCAGGCCUCCGGGCCGGGGCAGCAAGGGGGCUGCGGUGGAGGGGGUGGUGUUUCUGGGGGCCAGAUGGAGGAGGUGAAUACCAAAGAGGUGGCGCAGAGGAUCACCACAGAGCUGAAGCGCUACAGCAUCCCUCAGGCCAUCUUUGCCCAGCGGGUCCUGUGCAGGUCCCAGGGGACCCUGUCCGACCUGCUGAGAAACCCCAAACCGUGGUCCAAACUCAAGUCCGGUAGAGAGACGUUCCGCCGCAUGUGGAAGUGGCUGCAGGAGCCUGAGUUCCAACGCAUGAGUUCACUCAGGCUCGCAGCAUGUAAGCGUAAGGAACAGGACCACGGCAGAAGCGAGCGGGGGAGCGUGUCCAAGAAGCCCCGGCUGGUGUUCACAGAUGUGCAGCGGCGGACGCUCCACGCCAUCUUCAAGGAGAACAAGCGUCCAUCCAAAGAGCUGCAGAUUACCAUUGCCCAACAGCUGGGCCUCGAGCUGACCACAGUCAGCAAUUUCUUUAUGAACGCACGCCGCCGGAGCCUCGAUAAGUGGGUGGACGACGGCUCCGGUCACCCAGCCAACUCUGGGCCCAAUGCCUGCACCAAAGCCUGA